AUGAGCUCUAUAAAUGUCCAACAACUUGUUGCUCGUUUAUCGGCAGCAGUAAUGCGCUUCACAUUUGCUUUCCCCCUUAUUUUCCUAAUCGCAACCCAGGACAGCGCGUAUGGCUUCUGGCCAUUCGACUCCGGCGAGGACCCCUCUUCCGAUGAUGGAAUAUUCGGUUGGUGCAGAAGCCUAUUCGAUUGGUUUGAAAACCUUUUCAAGCCAUUCGGAAGUUCUGGCGUUAUCGUCAGUAGUGGUGACGGAGUCACCAAUGUUUCGGCUGUGAUCGGCGGCAAACGGUACAAUGCCACCUUCCCAGGAGUAGAUUCAAUUUCUUCCUCAUCGCGUAUCGUGAAUAUUAACGGAAACUCUACGGAAGUGUUCAACAUUACAGUCAACGGUACUACUUAUUAUACCUACAAGACUGUUGAUGGCAAAACGUCCUUUUCCAAAAAUGGACAAGACAGCGAUGAUGAUCCAUUUCAUGUCAUUUUACAAGAAGCCACAUCAUCAGAACCUCAAACGACUCCCAUCAGCAAAUAA